AUGUACUUUCCAUUCCUUACUAGCAAAGUACAAUGCGGAGAAUCCGUGCUUGACAUUGCUAACCGACAGAACGCUCACAGUCAGACUAUCGCCUUACGCGGUUCACUAGCGCUUUUCCAGCUCGUAGGUCGGCAGCACGAGCUCAAUCAGGAGGUCAACAGCUUUUCCAUUUCGCAUAGCGAUGCGUGCGUGAAGAUUUGGGGAUAUUAUGCUGUUAUUCACGGCCAAGACUUUUCCUUUUACCGACAUCCCAUUGCAAAGUUUGACAUUUCUAGAACUGAGGAUAUUUAUGAUUUAUGGGUUCCUGGGCACUUUUUGAGGAUUUGUUACGUUAUCGAUAUGCCUACUGCUGAUGAUCUUGUGAAUCAGACGGCGUAG